GUAGAAGCUCUUUGCUUUUUUUAUUGAAGAGCGACUUUUGUAUGCGCUUGAGAGGCGAGGAUGGUGGAAAUUACGACGAAUUGGAAUGUAGCCUCAGGUAAUUUAGAAAAAAUAUUAGUCAUCAGAGACGACGCAGCGCGAGAUGGUGAAGAACGCGUGGAUGAAAAAGCUCGUACCAAUAGAGUGAUUUUAAAUAGAGGAGAUCGAACCUGCUCGACAUCACCGACUGAUGGGUGCACCUUGAACAUUCGAUCUAAGCAUGGCAUGUUUCUCAAGCAUUUGGCUAUCAGAGGGAUAUUUAGACUGGCCGAACUGUACAAUGAUUUUGGCUACUUGAAAUCGGCCAAAACUGUUAAUUCGGUUGCAACUUUUUCGGAUGUUAAUGUGCAAACGCAGUUUCUAAAACUCAGGCUUCAUGGGCGUUUACCUUAUUCCGAUUCUACAGAGAUUAUUAUUGAGCGCCUGGAUCUUACGGCCAAUUUGGAGAGUCACAACACAGGUAGAAAGAAUCUUAUGGAUUGGAUGGAGCAGCCGACAUCGAUAUCAGAAAACCUUUUAAAAAAUUCGUCUUGUAAUAGUUUUUUCAAAAACGGUACAUCUGGUUUGGAUCAGGAGUGCAAAUCCGGGGACCGAAUUCUAGAGAAAAAUACGACCCCAGUCACUAAGCAAGAGGUCCAAGUCAUGAUUAAUGAGGCAGUUCAGAAUCUAGAAGCGAGCCUCGUGAGAAAACUCGAUAACAGUCUAGGUGCUAUUGAACGCUUGUUAACGCUAGAAAAAUUAGGCUUUUCAUUAGAUUAGUCUUUGCUUUUCGCUAUUUAUUUUUUUUAUUUUUAUAUAUUUUCAAUCAGGCUUGGCUGGUUUGUUAAGAAAAGCAUGGCUGUACGAGGCGAAAAAAAACUUAAGCGCAGGCAAUAUCUGAAAAAAAAGAAGGCUUUGAGAAGAAAGGUCACAUUCAUAAGGCAGAAUUUUCUUAACCAGUCGCUAAAAGCCACCUAUGACUCUGUCGGGUUGGUUUCCGACACCAAUCAAAUGAUAAAGCAAAAGUCAUCGGAACUAGAGAAGAAGGACAUUUUUCCCAAGCCGACAGACGUAGACCAAUUUGGAGAUCCUGUUGAAUACGAAGUGCCUGUGGACGAUGACCUUCAAGAAUGGAAAGAUGCCUUAGAAAUUCCUGAGGUAAAACCUGUUAAAAGACAGGAGUGCUUUUCAACUGCCCAUCGACGCUACUGGGUCCGACUUAUUAAAAAGUACGGGGACGACUAUUUGGCUAUGUCGAGAGACACCAAGUUAAACAAUUUUCAGCAUACAAAGACGCAGUGCAAACAAAAGUGUGAGCUAUUUAUGAAACUCCACAGCCGUGACCUUGACAGGCCCUGUAUGCACAUAUACUAAAAAAUGUGCGAAGUGAUUGGCUGUUUUUUUCUGUAAGCAUGAAUUUCAUAAUAUACCUUGACGAAAGAUGCCGUCUAAAGGUAUGGUGUAUAGAUGGUAAACAAGUACGUAGCUGCAUCCUCUCGUCAAAAGUCUUUAUAACCUGGAAUGUCCCAUGUUCGACAGACGCGUCCUUAUUUUUGAUGUGCUCAGAAACUGGCGAUACUUAAAAGUGUUCAAUCUACAGUGUUCAUUCACUGCAGUUCAAUGGAUGAAACCAGCUUUGCUUGCGACUUUAUAUUUUAUCAGUCUUACAGAUGAAAUGCAGACCUUCACUUCUGACAUGUUUGGGUAUUUUGAAUAAUUCGAUAUGAAAUUCUAGAUGUUGUUGUUCAAUCCAAAGGCAGCAUUCUUACAGCGUUUGAAUUUGAAUGAAUAGCGUGUUUAUUGAAUAAUAAAUUAUGAUCAAUCUGUUCUCUCUUUUU